AUGGAAUCCAUUAAACCGAUAUUGAACCCACCUCCACCACCUCCAGUCGAUCUCAUCCAAUCAGCUCUAUUCUUGCCUUUGUCCAGUGUGUCAAUAAAACAUAAAGGCAAGAAAAUACGUAUGUUAGCGCAAAUACUAGCUUUUGAUCCUUCUACAGCUUUAUGUAUCCUCACCGUCCCUCCUACUUCUCAAUCACGUCAAACCAUCCUAGCUGAUCUCUCUAUCCCUUUGCUCGGUCAAAACCCCUCUGUUAGGGAUCUAUCAGAGAUAUCACAAUCUUCUUUUUCCUCCUCAUACGGUCAACCACCCAUGGGAAGUCGGACCGUCGGUUCUCAUGUCAUCUUUGACAAUGAGAAAGAAAUAAUCAGAAGAGAUGGAGAUCAGGAUGAAAGAGAAAGGUUAAAGAUCGAAAAAGGUUCUUGGGUGGAUUGUAUAGGUUGGUUGGAAGAUGAUCUUAAAGGUCUUACUAAAAAGAUACUUUCCAAAGAUAAGGAUUUAUUAAAAGGUAUCAUAUUUGAAAUCAUUCAUCUUUCCUCUACUCAUCCUCCUUCACAAGAAACGUUAUAUCGAUCUCAAUUACCUAUCCGGAUGAAUAUAGACUCAGGAGGUUACAACGAUAUAUAG